AUGUUAACAAUCCUGGCGGCGCUGCUACAUUUAACUCUAUAUAGCAUCUGCGUCACGGCCGCUACCUCUUACCUCGACUUACAGCUCUUGAACGUCAAUCAAACUCUUAUGGGGACCAAAAUGUUUAAGUUUAAGCCUCUCGAAACAUCUGAAUUUCACCAUCUUUCCAACGUUAGCGAAAUUGAUGAUCAUCGAGGGGAAUGGGAACUGAAACUCGUCCAUCGAGACAAGUUAUCUUCCGGCGUUAACUCUACUUUUCAUCACGACCGUGGCCGUCGUUUUCAUGCACGUAUAAAAAAGGACGUGAAAAGGGUGGCGAGCCUCCUCCUCCGUCUCCCCGGCGGCAGAACCCACGAAGGUGAAGCUGCUUACGAGUGUCAGCCUUGUAACAAAUGUUAUCGACAAUCCGACCCGAUUUUCAACGCGGCUGAUUCCGCUUCUUUUACCGGCAUCUCUUGUGGCUACUCCGUUUGUGACCGGGUUCAAAAUUUGGGUUGCAAUGCGGGUCGGUCCUGCCGGUAUGAAGUUUCGUACGGUGAUGGAUCUUAUACGAAAAGGACCCUGGCGCUUGAAACGCUCACUUUUGGUCGGACCGUGGUUAAAAACGUGGCUAUCUGA